UACAGCCCGCUGUGCCGGAACUCCCGCUACCCCAUCACAAGCCAUAGCUCGCCUCCUGUCUCGCCUCCCCUGAUCAGCGUUUCAUCUCUCCUCUCUUUCUAUACUUAGUCGAAUCUGCUUGCUCCUUUCUCUUUUCCAUCAGCUGCAUUUGCUGUCAACAGAACCACAGCUCCUUACUGGCACAUUUGCACAUUCUCUCCUAUUCUGUUCCCUGUUUUCUUUUCUUUUCUUUUUUUUAUCCCCCGCGCUGUCUUCCUCCUGCCGCUCACCUGUCUGCUCAUCAUGGCCCUUACCGACAACUACAUGCUGUGGACUUGGGCCCUAUUCUUGAUGCUCAUCGCGACAGGACUUUACUUCUAUCGCUCUCGCUGGUUACCUCUUAUAUCCAACAUGAUCCCCGAACACACCUACCGCAGAUUGAACCCUUCUUUUGAAUCCGAUAUAGAAGCUGGAUUAAGUUCCGAUGACUUCAACCUUUCCGGAAACCUUGCCGCCGGAGAUUCACGAGGCGGCCUAGACCUUGCAUCGAAGAAGGAAGUCUUGAGAAUAAUGAAGGGCCAAAGGGUGAACUUCGACGAGGCCCGACGGAUAUUCAUGGAGCAGAAGCUGUUGAAGAAUGGCAUAGCUGCGGAUGGGAGACCAAUGGAUCCCAGAGCUGUCUUCUUCUCAUGAGCUAUCACUUUUCUCUCCAUCUCCUUUGUUUUGGGGUUCAUAUGGUCGUGGAAUGGAGUUUUUUCGGUUAGGGGAAUUAUUCGUUACGCAUUUCAUUAUCCGCAAUGUUGUCACAAUUACUGUGUCGGUUUCUCGGAGAGUAAGGACCCUUGAGAUUUGGCAAAAGUUCUUUCGUAGCUGCGCGAUAUUGUAUGAUGGUGCGUUGUUCUGGCACGGGAAGAAGGGUUGGAUUGUACACCGUUUGUAUUCCAUGAUGAGCAUUCCGAUAGCACCGGUUGUUCUCAUGGAAGGGCGUGGUGGGACUGCAUGCUUUUUUUUUUCUUUCCCUUUCUGCUAUACCGGGCGUUGUUUUUGAUUUAUCUGUUUUCUCACCGAAUCCAGGUUUGUCUAUCUAUCUCCCUGGGGAUCUUUCUCCUUUUCCUGUCGAUCAACCGAAGUAUCGUUAUCAUCUCCCUUGUGGAAUUAUUUCCGUCAUGGCAUUUCUUUGCUUGUCAUUUUGUUUAACUGUGGUUGUACUGUCCGUACGAGUGCUUGUCCCGUCAAGUUAUGUGCUCGUACAGACCGGAGCUUCUCUAGCUUCGCCAUCUCACAAUAUUACCGGUGUGAUAUUAUACCAUAA